AUGUUGGGGUGGGGAUACUUCCCGUCGAGUUCAACGAUAAAGCAUGACGCAUGCAGUAGCUCGAUCGAUCCCGUCACUGCAGCAGUAGCUCGAUCGAUCCCGUUACCGCAGCACCAGCUCGAUCGAUCCCGUCACUGCAGCAGUAGCUUGAUCGAUCCCGUCACUGCAACAGUAGCUCGAUCGAUCCCGUUACUGCAACAGCAGCUCGAUCGAUCCCGUCACUGCAACAGUAGCUCGAUCGACCCGUCACUGCAACAGUAG